AUGACCACAACGUCAAAACCCAACGUUAAAUCCAAACUUAGCGCCGCCGAUAUCGAGCAAGCAGAAACCCGUUUAGUAAACUACCACCACUCUCUCGCCGCCAAUCCCAAAACCCUCCGCGUAAAUAGAUGGCGUCCCGAUCCGGAUAUUGAUCAGGACACUCAGAUUUUCGAGGGGGUUCUUGGUGCGGGGGGUUUUGGAACUGUUUAUUACAAUCCCCUUGCCUACACUCCCCCUAUAACCCCCUCCGAAGCCACCAUCCACUCUCCAUCCCAAAUUGCCACGCGCAACCUCUUCGCCAAACGCUAUCGCGAAAACCGCACGUAUCUCCGAUACAUCAAAUCCGGACAUCCCAACAUUUGCGCGCUAGAAGCCUUCCUGGAUUUCACAUCUGAAGUUGGGGAUCCUGGAGAUCAGGGCUUGGUUAUGUUUGCAAGUUAUUACGAGUACUGCGAUGGAGGAGAUCUGGCAGGGGUCAUUGAUCGAUAUACGGCUGGGCAUCGAAGACGCGAUGCCCUUAUGGAGGCAAAUGUGAAACUUGAUUUGAGAAAUCAGGGAAAGCAGUGGAGAGGCGAACCACCUGAUGAGUUGGAAAAGAUUCCUAAAGGAAGACAUCCUCCCGAGUUGUUUAUCUGGCAUAUCUACUCGCAGUUGAUUGGUGCGGUUGCGUUUUUGCAUAAUGAACAUCCGGAUUAUAAAGAUAAGGUAGAACAUAAAGAUCGCGCGAUGGUAAUAACGGCGGAUUUGGCACCAGCAAAUGUAUUUUUGAAGUGGCCUCCGGGAAAAGAUAGGAGGAGAUGUUAUCCGGAUGUUAAGGUUGGGGAUUUUGGGGGUGCGAACUUUUUGCCGGCAGGAGGGGGGUUGGAGCUGGGUGAGGAGAAAACGGAUUUUGUGUGGGGGGAUCCGCCAGAGGACGAUAUUUAUGAUGGGAAGACGGAUGUUUGGUGCGUGGGGGUCAUGAUGUAUAUGUUAGGGGCCCGGGGUAAAAUGUGUGAGUUUCUGGAAGCAGGGGUUGAUGAGGAUGGGAAUAAGAAAGGGGAGAGCGUGGAGAAAAAACGAGAGAGGGAACAAAGGCAGAAGAAGAAUAAAGAUAGGGUGGGACAUCUGGAGGGGUUGUAUAGUUUGUUUUUGGACAAGGCCGUUAGGUUUGCGUUGACAUUGGACAGGGAUAAGAGACCGACUUCGGGGAAGAUGUGUAAGCACGUCGAAAUAUCGUAUUUGCAACGCCAACCACUUAUGUUUAGAGCAUUACCUGCAUGGAUUCAACUUGGAGGGAAUGUUCUCAAGCAUAAAUUUCCUCCAGACAGAGUUUCGGAUUUAUUAAAGGGAAAAUGGGAAGAGGAACAUGAAUUGGCGGAAAAGGAGGCGGAGAUUGAAGAAGAAAUGCAGGAUAGAGAAGAUGCAUUGAUGUGGAUUACGAAGGAUAGGAAGUUGAGGUUUGGGAUUGAAUUAGAUGAAGAGGAGGAGGGUGAUGAUGAAAUUCAUGCGCAGUGGUUAGAGGAGUUGAUUAAGGAAAAGCCGGACUUUUAUAAGGAGCUUUUAGAGGAAGCAAGAGCUAAUUUGCCGAGUUCUUAA